AUGUCUUGUUUAUCCGUAAAUGAAACAUGUCUGAAUGGUGGUUCUUGUAUAGGAAAUUCUUGUAUUUGUUUAAAUGAAUGCUUUUUCGGUAAUCGAUGUGAACAUUAUUUUAAUCUUCUUGAACUAUCAAUGACAAGUGCUAUCUUACAAGACACGUUCUAUGCUAAAAUUGUUUAUGUUAUCGUUUUUGCUGCUCUUGCAACAAUCGGUUUGGUCAAUAAUAUAAUCGCAUUAACUGUGUUUAUGCGAGAACCAAUUCGAAUUACAGCUUGUGGCACAUAUUUAAUUGUCUAUUGUUCAUUCAAUAUUGUACUUAUGCUACUUAUUUAUACAGAUAUAAUCUCAUUGUUCGAGUAUAAUAAAGCUAUUUAUCGUCAAUGGGAUUGCUUUUAUGUUCCCUAUGUUUGUUUAACAUUUGAUUAUAUAUACAUUUGGAUGAGUGUUGCAAUAAUUAUUGAGAAAUUACUUGUUCAAUGUUUAAAUUUUCCUAUGCUUGGAUCAAGAUUACGAGCUGUUAUCAUUUCAUUUCUAAUUAUUAUCGUUAUUGCCGUAUCGAAUAUACCAGAGAUAAAACUAAGAACGCUUUCUCAAACUUUCACUAAGCAAACAGUAUGCAGUUAUAAUGUUUCAUAUUCUCAUGCUUGGUAUAGGGCUCAUAUCGUUGUGUCCUAUUGUCAUAUAAUUAUACCAUGUGUAGCUCAUGUAAUAGCUAUGAUAAGUAUUCUCACAACGAUAGCUCGACGAAAAAUAUAUAUUCGUGGUUAUACUCGAAGUUUAAAAUUGUAUCGUGUAUGGUUAGAACAAUUAUAUAUUAAUCGAGAUCUUUUAAUUUCACCAUUAGCUAUCAUUAUUUUUAUUCUUCCUCAUGUUGUUAUUCACUUUAUUUUAUUGCCUCAAUGUAUGAAAGAUAAUGGCAUGGUACAAGAACGUUUGCAUAUCAGUUUACUAUUACUACUCGAUGUUCCUGCAGCAUUGCCUUUUGUAAUUUAUGUUUACCCCAAUCGAAUUUACUUCGAAGAAUUUAAAAAAACAAAUAUUUACCGUAAAUUGUGUUGUUAUUCACGUCAUCGGAAAGAAUACAGUCAUAAAUUAAUAGUUCAGCCAUGGACAAUAGCAGGCAAUGGUAGCAAUGCAACUUAA